AUGUCUCUAGAGAUAACUCUUGGCUUGCUAUCGGCGCUGACCGGCAACCUUUAUGGUACUUUCCAAUACUGGCUGCAGUCCCUCUCAAGUUGCAACAAAAACUGUCUCUUUUCCAUUCAGCGGCAGUUAUGCUGCAUGCUUCUUCCUGAUGGGAUCGGAUCCUUAGACAAUCUUGUCAGGUUAAGCCAUGAAUUCUCCAGCGAGAACGGUACAGACGAGCCAACAAAAGAGAAAGACGUGGAAAAAUUAUUUCAUCAUUUUCAAGCGUAUUAUUGUAAGGCGCUUGUGACUGAGUUGUGGUACCGAUGUCCUGAGGUAUUGGAGGUUUUAUACAGUGAGCGACGUGUAUCAGUGGAGGAAGAAUCGGCGAAAGAGUCUGAGCCUACUGAACUAGUUAACUCCAAAGACGAUGUGGCAUCUGAAUCCAAAGCGAAUGAGGACAGACCCACGGAAUUUUCUCAGCCCACACAUAGAGAAGCAAUAAAGAAGAAAUGUUCAUACCUCACGUCUAUUGUUGUUACCGACAAGAGUUCGAAUUCAAAGGAUCCUCUGUCAUCGAGUGAGAGUGCCGGUUUUGGCAAACAAGGCGUCUCCGAAGAUGAUUUAUCAUCUGAAUCUACUUCGGACAAGGACAGAAAAGGGGAAAUUUCUCUUGUCGAAAUCGCUUGUGAAGAUGGUGUAAACGGAGACGCAAUGCCAAAGGUGGGUGCAUGCCUAACUGCUCUUGAUGUAGAGAGGAAAAGCUUGCAUUCUAAGGAACAUAUUUCUUCAUUAGAGACCAUCAACGUUGUGAAGCAAGAUUUCGUAUCAACCUUGAGGAAUGCAAAAGUUGUGUUGCUUUCAGAUCACUACGCGAAACUGAAUAAUCAAAGAGCGCUUCUUGUGGAGAUCAGAAAGGUAAUGUUGCUGCGGAGAUCACGGCAGUUUCUACAGUCGGGCUCAAUUAGCAGCCAGUUGAACCAGAGGAAGAAAAAUGAUAAGAAGCCGAAGACUCAACCGGCCAAGCCGAUUGGUUUUUCUGCGAGUAGCAGUGACGUAGGCUCAAUGAGAAAACUUGCUAACUCUGGAGAAACUGUAGAGAGUGUUCAGACUGGGAGUAAAACGAAUGACAUCGUUAAUGAGCUAUCAGAGUCAGCGGGUGCAACUUUAGAAGUCGAGGGAAGCUCCAGUAGAAAAGAUUAUAACAGUUCUAUUGAAACCCUGGAUGGGCCACGCGGCUCGGUAACAGAGAGAAAAGAUGACGGUUUUGACGAUUUAAAGACUAUGGAUGGAAAAGUCCCAAUCGACCUGAGAUACGUAGCGAGCGAUGCCAGCCUGCAAUUCCUGGCUGUUGAAGAGGAAAAAAUCCUAAAGGAGCUCGAACAAUUUGACUUGAAGGUGUGUAAACAUAGAACAUAAGAUGAAAGAGUCCUAUUUCAAUAAGAUAAAGAUACUUUUUUAGUAGAAACGGAGAUAAUAGAGACCUUUCGGUACAAAACUGAUGAAGAGUACGAGUGACCUUACCAAACCAAGAGCGCGGCGACGGCAACGGCAUAUCAACUUAGGCCUCGUUGUAAGACGUUGAGUUGAUCUUCAAAUCUGUGUGUAAGGUGUUCAGUUUUGUUUUUUAAGACCAAAUUUAGGCGAUAAAACUGUUUCCUUUCGUCUUUUGCAACGGAUUGCAGGGAUGGACACGGAUGGAUUGAAACUUAACAAAUUGGACUUACUAUUUCAGUGCUGUGCCUACAAAAAUCACCAAAAAGACUUUAUUAUGGCAAGUGCUGCUUAACGAAAUUUGUUUGAUAUCUCUUUCACAACUCCACAGUACCAUUGCCUGUGCAUGAGUAAAGGCACUAAGUCAUGACUUCAGCACAGAAUUGACCUAAAACAGCAACAUCCUUGUGAGAUAACCCCUUUUACCUCCUCUGGGUUCAGUGGUUGGAGCGCUCUACCGGUAUUCUGCCAGUGUGUUCCAGGCGUUCAGAUGAAAGAGUGCGGGCGAAAAGUUGACGAGGGAAAAGGGAACCAGGGGAGACUCCAUUCGGUUUUUCCCUCGUUUUCCCGGCGUACGAUUUAACUCGCUCCCCACCAUCUGAACGUGGCGCUUUACUAUCUGAACUCCUGGAACGGGCUAGUAUUCUGGGUAAUAGUGAAUUCAAAUAAUGUUUGAGACUCUGAGUUUUUUUCUUUUUCCCAUGCCCGUGCCUUUCGUAGAUAACAACAUUCGAUUUCUUCGUUGUUAUUUUUUUUUUCCAGGAUCUUCCAUUUCCCUCGCCUAUGGAAUCGGCUCUGACAAUAGCAAGCCUAGCCACCUGUUCACACGGUCUCCCUGUAACAGUGAGACAACUCUGGGAACUGGGCACUAGUGCUUUGCAGUGGGCCCAGACCUAUGCCAAGACCUCAACAGAUUUAAAAGGAGUCCGUAGACUAACUAGGACAUACAAUAAGGUAGUCUAG